CUUAGUGAGGUAAUAACAAACAUGGCGGCGCUCGGUACAGCACGGUGCUUAUUUCGGAGAUACUCCUGGGUGAAAAAUGUCCAAAAAAGCGAGCAAAUGUUGGUCAAAUGUACCGCCAGGACGCUUUGUAGCGGAACACAAGAUAACGCCCUCUCAGACAACACAAAGCCCCAGUUCACAGAUGCAGCCGUGCAGGACCUCCUGACCAGGAUAACAGGCCUGGACCUGGAGAAAGUCUUCCGGCCCAUCAAACAGGAGCUGAAGCCGCCAACAUAUAAACUCAUGACUGACGAGCAACUGGAGGAG